UCGUCAUCUUAUUGUUGGUUCAGCGAGCGACAAGGCGGAGUUAGUUCGUGCAUGGUUCGUGAGGCCGUGAAGGAAUAUUCAGUCAACAGUGGUCAGUUUUAAAUUUUGCAGAGUUCACUUCAAAAUCUAAACGUUGGCUUUUCGGCAGUUUAAAGAGUCAGAACUUGAUCAGGAUGCGUCGACAGCGAUCUCUCAUGGCCUUGGACGAGGCAACGCGGUGUAAGCUCGUCGUCGUUGGGGAUUCUUUGAGCGGGAAAACAGCCAUGCUGCACACAUUUUUGGGUCGCCAGUUUACAGACGUGCACACCCCCACCACUUUUGAGAACUACUCGUCGACAAUGGAAAUUAACAAAUACCGAAUGGAGCUCACGAUAUGGGACACCUCAGGGAAACCAGAGUACGACAGUGUGCGACCUCUGUCGUAUAACGAGAUCACAAUCGCCCUAAUAUGCUUUGACAUCAGCCGGCCCUUCACACUGCACAACGUCGUACGAAAGUGGCAUCCGGAGGUUAGGAAGCACUGUCCAACUAGUCCGAUUAUUCUCGUGGGUUGCAAGAUGGAUCUCAGAAACAACAUCCAGGUCAUGGCGGAACUCUCCAAAGACAGAGGAAUACCGGUGUCUCAUGACAGGGGAGCUAAGAUCGGUUCACAGAUCGGCGCGGCGGCGUACGUGGAGUGCUCGGCCCGCACCAACCCGUCCAGCGUCCACGAGCUCUUCGAGGUCGCGUCCCUUGCCGCCAUGGGUAAGCUCAAACUCCACAAGUCCUACAUCGACCUGCCGUCGGCGUGCAGGACCGGCACACUCCCAGGCCUGAGCACCACCUCCCUCCGCCGUCUCAGCAUCCGCAAGAAGAGCGAGUCCAAGGUGCAGGCCCCCGUCAGGGUGAAGGCGGUGGUGGUCGAGAGAGAAUCGCGAGGAUGCAUCGUCAUGUGAAUCAAGAGUACUGACUUUUAAUUUUGGACUGACCUCUCGGUGUUCAAUCCUGUGACUGUUGUCCAGCAUUGUUCUUAUAAACUUCGAAGCUGUGACCCACGAUGCUUUUGAGCAAAGCUCUCAUUUCUUAUCAGGUAAUUUGACAUUCUUAACACCGCUUUGACCUACGGAUGGUAGUUAUAAUGAAGCACUUUAGCAUGAUCACGACAAUUCCGGAGAGGAAUCAGCAUGGUGUAUAUGAUCACGUCCACCGACUGCACAUUUAGCCAGUUUAUGUAGAUAAGGAGAAAAAGUGUGGUCAAGAGCCUUACCUAUGGACACAACUACGGGGCACUUCGGUGGGAUUCCAAUCAACAAACUCAUGGGCGUGACACACACGUGCUCUCGAACCGUAUAAGAUAUACCACUCCACCAACUACACAUGUACUUUAAAUACAGCAUGUACAUGUAUAUAGAGAACAUUCGGAGAACACAACUUGGUUAAUUGUAAAGGGAUUUCUCAAGAACAUAGAUUAAAAAAAAGGUAAGUGGACGAUCCAGAAUGGUGCUCUUUUGUUAAUCUUGUGGGAGCGAUAAAUGUCGUCCCGAAUAUGUUUUAUGUACAGAUAAAUUAAUAUCGAUGUGUCCAUCAACGCGUUUGCAGCAGAAAACUUUUGUAUAAAAGUGCAAUAUACGUAGCUUCGUUCUUGCUUUAUAAGUGAAUGUUUGUCCCUGGACUUUUUUUUUUCAAUACGGGCAAUUCACAUUGUGCACCUCCAAGAGUUUACAGCGCAUUGACCAAUCAAAGGGCUCAAAAUCUGUCGAUCCGAUGCGCGUUUGCAAACUUGACCUUGGAGGCGCACUAUUCUGAAUCGCCAAGUAUACAAGUUUUGCUUACGAGAGAAUUCAAUUUGCAUUAUAAUGAUUUGAACGAGAUACUGUGAGAUUAAGUGAUUGGAUUUUUCAAUUUUCCUGGAAAUGAGAGAACAUGCGUUAGAACAGAUGAAAGAGGAAUCACGAUUCAGGAACUGUGAGAUCUGAAUGAUAAUGAUUGGUGUUAAAGUACGAAAAUACCUUUGUGUGUGUAAAUAACGACGCAUUUUCCGACUCGUUUUAUAUUUGCGGAAAGCUUGCUACACAGUUUAAUAAGUCACAAAUAAUUUUAUAAUAUUAAUGAAUGAUAUUUUAAAGAAAAACACAAAGCAAACCUCGAUUGUAUUAGAUGCUACCAACACAUAGCGUUACGAAAGUGUUUCCUCAAUUGAGUUGAUAUAUACGAGAAUUACUGUCUGAAUGUUCAGAUUAUCAUUUUUGUAUGUGAGGCAGCGUGGACAAAAAAGUUUUCUAUCGGGUAAACUUGGGAAAAGAAGUAUGGAUGAAUAUCACUGUAUUUAUAUUAUGUCUUGUUUCUCACCAAAAAGUAUUUAAAUAAAAUUCAAAGUGUCCCGGUGUAAGACAAAAUUGUGAUUCCUUUGAUCAGCAUAGGAACUGUGGAUGUGAUUUGAAAUAACUGGGCUCUGUGUUUUUAUAAUUAAUAUAAUUAUGCAACUCGUUCGAUUUCUUUUAUAUCAGUGAAUGUGUAUAGUGUAUAUAAGUGAGAUACUAUGGAUUCAAAUGACUUAAUGAAUUCAAAAUAAAGUUGGCACAAAAUGCUGGGAUACUGUUA